UUGCUGGAAUGUUCUCAGCUACAAUCAGAACCGAGUUUGAUUCCACAGAAGACAUUCAUUUGAAGUAUUUCUAUAUAUUUUUACAUUAUCUGGAGGGUAUUUUAGAUUAUUUGGGUCUCCAUCGAAUGGUGACAAAUGAAAACUUCCGUGUUGAGGUGCGUGGCAAACGAUGGAUUGAACAUGUUUGCGUCAAGCCGGAUUUAAAAAUUACAAUAAUAUUGUAUCUAAAUACACGUUGUUGAACGAGCCAGGUACUUUAAUAUUUGAGUGUUUCGGUUUUGUGAGUUUAUGUUUCGACGAUUCCGUCUGUGUGUCUGUCUUCGGCGCCAUUCCGGACAAGGCUUUAGGAAUUCCGAGGAGUUGCUGAACGCACCAGACCCUCUGGCCACUUGCUACAAGUUUGAUCCGGAGACACUCGACCACGUUCGGUUGUUCGUUUCUUCUCGCGUUUCUACCUAAUUCUGUGUGGACUACCAUGUUGUUGUGUUUGUAGAAAUACUUCUUAAAAGUGUUCUUACACAAUGGCGCGAACCACGUGAACUUGAGGGAUGGAGAAGAAGGGGCUCGCCAUCGCUCCACACUCGCUGGCCGUGGUGCUGUCGAGGGCGAGCGGACACGAUGGGGAAGAGGAGUCGCCCCUACAGCAGCCACCACCAUCAGGCUACGAGGUGUUUGCGGACUUCAAGGGCACCAACAUGCGGCAAUUCUGGAACCACGCGCUCACUCGAGCCCUGACCGAGGUCUUCUUUCUGGGCUGGAUAGCCGAGCAUGUGCUCCUCAUCCACGGCCGAGAAGUUCACCUCCAAGUGCUCAGGAACGGAUGGACCAGGCGGACCCUGAAGCCCCCACCUGGGUUUUACAUCAGAUGCUUAGUGCUGCCGACAGCUGAAUUGGAAACGUUGACAUGUGGUGUCACGAAGGUUCCAUAAGAGGGCGCAAAUGCUCAAGUGUGCAGGU